UAUAAGAGAGUGCGAGAGAUGGUUUCUGAGGCUGUGAAGAGAGAUGGUUUCAGGCCCUCUUUUGUACUCUGUUAUUCAUAAAUAAAAUAUUUAUUCACCAAAAAAAGAGUGCGAGAGAGAGAGAGCGUUUUAACUUUUAAUUAAUAAUUGGAAUUUGUUGAAAAUCCGUUGGUGAAUUAGAUACGAGACUCUCUAUCCUUAAUCCCGCUUUUAAAUAUUUUAUUCGUUACAACUGAUUUGUCGGUUUUUCAUUUAUUUAUUAUUAUUAAAAAAAAAAAAAACACUUUUUUCUGAGGUUAGACGGUUCAAAUUCGAAUUUGGAGCAAUUUACGUUUAGCUUCAAAUCCAGCAUAGCAUGGAGCUUUUUAAUUUUGAAUGAUGAUUGAACCUUCGGAUUCCUCCAUAGCAAUUUACGUUUAACCUCCGAUUCCAAAAUGCCUCUUUACAUUGCUCGUGAGGCUCCUAAGCUAUGGAGGAAAAUAUGCACAGAGGCUUCAGCAGAGGUUUCGCUCCUUUCAGAAAAUUGGAAGUUUCUACUCGCUGGACUCUUUUUUCAGUAUGUCCAUGGAUUGGCUGCUCAUGGUGUCCAUUAUAUACAUCGGCCAGGACCAACACUUCAGGAUGCUGGGUUCUUUCUUAUUCCAGAAAUUGGUCAGGGCAAAGCAUAUAUGAGUGAGUCUAUAUUUAACUUCAUCUUCUUUUCCUUCAUCUUGUGGACUUUUCAUCCUUUCUUUUUUCAGAGCAAAAGAAUCUAUACGGUUCUGAUUUGGUGCAGGGUUCUUGCUUAUUUAGUUGGUUGUCAAAUUCUCCGGAUCAUCACAUUCUAUGCAACUCAGCUUCCUGGUCCAAACUAUCACUGUCGUGAGGGCUCAAAAUAUGCCAGACUUCCCCCUCCAGAAAGUGCACUUGAAGUGAUUUUAAUUAAUUUUCCUACUGGGAUGCUAUAUGGCUGUGGUGAUUUGAUUUUUUCAUCACACAUGAUUUUUACCUUAGUAUUUGUCCUGACAUAUCAAAAAUUUGGCACAAGGAGGUGCAUUAAGCAGUUAGCUUGGUUAUUUGCCAUUAUUCAGAGCCUCCUAAUUAUAGCAUCUCGCAAGCAUUACACAGUUGACAUUGUCGUCGCAUGGUAUACGGUAAAUUUGCUAGUGUUCUUUGUUGACAAGAAACUCCCAGAGUUGCCAGAUCGAUCCAGUGCCUCUACAUCUCCACCGCUACUACCUUUGAGCACCAAAGAUAAGGAUACCAAGAACAAAGAAGAGCACAACAAAAUCCUUAAUGGGAAUUCUGUGGACGUGACAUAUUGAGUAAAGAAAAAUCAUAUUGAGUACAAAAAAAUCUGUGAAUAUUUCAAAUCAUCAUACCUAAUAUAUGCAAGGGUUGCUGGAUGCUUUUUCUCGGGUUUGAAAUUGUAAAGGCUUUCUUUUAAGACAGAAUGCAAAUAAAAAGCAAGAUUUAAGAUAGGAACAUAAUGGUAUGCAGUGCAUAUAUGACAGCAUGAGCUGAAGAUAGCUAUGCUGUCAUUAUUAUCUAUUUUAAUCAGUCCGACCAAAACUUUUGUAGACCUUGAUAAAACAUGAUUCCUAUUAGUAUUAUUUGUAAAUGGAAAAGAUUUAUAUUAGUUUGUAAAA